AGGUUACUCCAAUACCCAUUCGAGAGAGAUACUUCAGAAGUUUUGCGGUAAUGUCAUAUAUACCUUACAUUCUGUUAUUGUUUAAUAUAUAUGACUUAGUAACUUUGCUAACUUAAGUGCUUGUUAUGUAGCGGAAGUAUAAUUGGGAUGUCGGGAUUACUGAGCUUGUUAGAGAAGGAUUCUUGGUGAUAGCCAAGAAACGGAUGAAAGGGAUUGUCAGUCAAGCAAAGCAGAGUGGUGUACAACCACCGUGGAUCCGUGAUACACUUUGGGCUGAGAUGUGGGUGUAUUGGAAGACUGAGGAUGCUAUUGAGAGGAGUGAGAAUGCUUCACAGUGCAGAAACUCUGAUCGUGGAGGUCUUGGAGUGCACAAACACUUAGCCGGUCAGAAAUCUUUUGUGCAAGUUCAUCAAGAAAUGGUAAGAGUCCUCUUUCCAUCCAAACAAAUCAUUUCUCUGAUUUUCUAAUAUUGCUUCCAUGAUUUAAAUCUGCUUGAGUUUAAUUGUAGGAGGAAGAGCUCAAGCGUCCUGUAUCACUUGGCGAAGUGUUUAUGAAAACACAUACAAGGGCUGAUGGAUCAUUUGUGGAUCAAAAAGCUAAAGAAGUUGUUGAGGCGUAUGCGAAGGGCAUUGAAGACAGGAUGUCUGAAUUGGACGAGGAGGGUCCUCAGAAUUCUGCUAAUUCCUCUGAACAUUCCACUGACCGUAUGCUCAGCAUUGAUGAAAAGAAUGAGAUCUUUCUUAAGUGUACUCAUAAAGAUGACAAAGGUACCCCUUAUGGUCUUGGAUCGCUUGUGGAGACACUGAACAAAGGAAAAAGGAAAGAGAGUUAUGCGAGCUCUUCUACAGCAACCAUUGUGGAGCUUCAAGAUCAGCUGCGGCGCAAAAUAUCUGAACACGAGGCUGAAAAUGCAAAACGUGAUGAGGAGCACCGCCAAUCUCAAUCUCGCUUGGAGAAGCUCCUCGUCUUCAUGAAAGAUAAGGAUCCUGAGUUGGCAGCUUUUUUGUCUUCUGCUUCUACACAACCUCAACCACCCAUCCAAGCAACUACAACAGCUGCAGGUACUCUACCAACUACAACAGCUGCAACUGCAGCCAUCCCAGACGCAACAGGCACCCCAGAAGACACUUCUUCUAACCUAUGA